AUGUUCUCUGCUACUUAUGCUCUGACUCAGUCAAUGUUCCUGCUCAAGGGCAAUUCGCAAAAAUUAAGAAAGAAAGGCAGAGAAGAAAAUGGGGAAAAACGAUUAAUCCAGUUUCAUGAUAAAAAUCUUCGAGUACGCUUAAAAUUUAUGGACGCCCAAUGUUUUCUCUGCCUUGACCCGUUGGAACUUAUUCUAUCACCAACUGAGCAGAAAAUAACGGUCGAUAUAUUUUGGCAUGCGCAAUUUAAUUGUCUAGUGUACAUUUACCUUUAA